UGUGUGUGUGUGUGUGUGUGUGUGUAAACAUAGUCUCUGCCUUCAAAGAGCUUGUUCUCUGGCUGGGAAAGACCUAAGUACGGAAGUUGACCUAGAACAAGAAAUAGGAUGUACCUGCUUAAGUCUAUGUAGCUGAACUUACACAUUGAAUACUUUGGAACGAGUUAAAAUUGUCUGUAUAAGAAGAGAUUUUGUUUGGGGUGCAAAAAACCCCUGAAGACAGAAUAUAGGAUAUUGUCACCACAGUGAUUUAAUUUUUACAUAUUUCAUAUAUCAAGAUGAUAUUUUUGAGUUAGUCAUGUGGAGAUAGUUAACAUCAUUUUGUAUGCAAAAAUAUUUGCAUGUCUUUAAUUUGGCUUAAAACCAUUUUGCUUACUUUAAAAUACAACUCUGCAAAUUGUUAGCAUAUUUCAGUAUUUUGGUACAAUUAUGUUAGGAUUACAGGUUCUUUAAUAGAUUGAUAUUUAAUGGUUUUUGUUCUUAAAUUCUGGCAUUUCUUAUAUUAUCCAUAUCAUGUGGAUUUUUUUUUCUUUUUGUGUUUUGGUAAGUAAAUUAGCUUAAACACAUGAGGUAACACUAGCCCUGAAAUACCCAUUUAAAAAUAACUUGUUUAGGAGUAUUAUGACAAUAAAUAGUAUAUUCUUUGUUACCUUAACUUUUCAUAGCCAUUAUAGGUUACCUGUUUUUUAAGAUUACUUUGACAAUCUAGUAUAGGUUGCGAAGAUCUUGAGAGAGUAGUGGGGUGGGGGUGUGUGCACAAGUGUGUACACUCAGUGGAAGCAGACUAGAUUAGAAAGAGCAUGUGUUUGGAAUUAGACACAAGUUUAGUAAUUUGUAUGACUGGAUAAAAUACUUAAUUUUUGAGUCAGUUUUUUCCCUCUAUUAUAUGGAAACAUAGCAAGGUUAUUGUGAGUUUUAAAUGAAAAUGUACAACACUUAUUAGCACAUCGUAAAUGUUCAAAAAUAGCUAUUAUGUUCCUUAAUUUUAAAAAAAUGCUAGUUGAUAGGAGAAAGAACAAAAAUUGAAGGGAAACCAUAGUAUUUGUAAUUUUUCUGUUAGAAAAUAACUCACAUGCUUAAUAAAUGGAGAAAGAAGGGAAAGCUUACAAUAGAUUGGUUGUUUUUGACACUUCCUUGUAGCUUUGGGGAAAUUAAUUUUAUAGAGGAAGGAACAUCUGACUUUUUUAUGUUAACCUCGUGCCUUUUUGACAUAGAGAAAAUGAAUACUUAGGGCAUUAAACAAUAGUUUUAUGCCGCUAUGUAACGGAUUUAAGGCUUUAUUCCAUUUCCAGAUGGGAAGGUGGAAUUACUUAAUUUCUUCAGUGAAAUUCAGAUGAUCCACAGAAGCUUAGAGCUAGGAUUUUUACAUUAUGAAAUUUUUGGUUUUUUCCUUUAAAAUAUGACAUGAUUAAAUUCAACAACAGAAAUUGUAAAUCUUAAAUUUCUUUGCUUAAACUUUUUUGCAUUUUUGAAAAUAAAUGCAUCUGGUAUAUUAAAAAUGAUCUUGGUAAAAAAAUAAAAUCUUAGAUUUGUGUUUUUCUGUUAUAAAAUAUUUCUCCAUCUCUUUUAUGGGUCCACUGCAGACAUUCUUAUUGCAGUUGUCAUUUAUAGGGUUAAACAUUUGCUAUAUUGUAACAUACGAAAGCACUUAAGCUGUUUGGAAUUGUUUACUUGCUAAAACCAGUGUUAGUCAGCAGAGGCAGUACACCAGAUUUCCUUGUGGCUUUUAGUGGAAAAUGUUAAAAGCGCACUCAUUUUUCAGUUAUAGAAUUUUUCAGUUUGAUCUGGAUUAGUCACAGAACUGGCAUGAACCUUCUAAUUGUGAAGGCUGUCCAAAUGCACUAUUUUUUUCUCCUGCUAGAGGAAGUUACAUCCCCGAGCAGUAGCUCAGAUCUCUGCCAUCACUGGUGCAAGCUAUAUUUAAUGGAGAUCCUGAUGAAGUUCGAGCACUAAUAUUUAAGAAAGAAGAUGUUAACUUUCAGGACAAUGAAAAGAGAACUCCACUGCAUGCUGCUGCCUAUCUUGGAGAUGCAGAAAUCAUUGAACUGCUUAUUUUAUCUGGAAGCAGUGCAGGUACUUUUGAAGCAUUCUGCAGAUGUCAAUGCUCGAGACAAAAAUUGGCAAACCCCUUUACACAUCGCUGCUGCUAAUAAAGCUGUAAAGUGUGCUGAAGCUUUGGUACCUCUUCUAAGUAAUGUAAACGUGUCUGAUCGAGCGGGGAGGACCGCAUUACAUCAUGCAGCUUUUAGUGGACAUGGUGAGAUGGUCAAACUACUCUUGUCUAGAGGUGCCAAUAUUAAUGCUUUUGACAAGAAAGAUAGACGGGCAAUUCAUUGGGCAGCAUAUAUGGGUCACAUCGAAGUAGUGAAAUUACUUGUGGCACAUGGAGCUGAAGUGACAUGCAAGGAUAAGAAGUCUUAUACACCUCUUCAUGCAGCAGCCUCUAGUGGAAUGAUCAGCGUGGUCAAGUACCUUCUGGAUCUUGGAGUUGAUAUGAAUGAACCAAAUGCCUAUGGAAAUACACCUCUUCAUGUAGCCUGCUAUAAUGGACAAGAUGUUGUAGUGAAUGAACUUAUAGACUGUGGUGCUAAUGUAAAUCAAAAGAAUGAAAAAGGAUUUACUCCUUUGCACUUUGCUGCUGCAUCAACACAUGGAGCGUUGUGUUUAGAGCUUCUAGUAGGCAAUGGGGCUGAUGUCAAUAUGAAGAGCAAGGAUGGGAAAACCCCACUGCACAUGACUGCCCUCCACGGUAGAUUCUCCAGAUCACAAACCAUUAUCCAGAGUGGAGCUGUAAUCGACUGUGAGGAUAAGAAUGGAAACACCCCUUUGCACAUAGCAGCAAGGUACGGCCAUGAGCUGCUAAUCAACACUCUUAUUACAAGUGGUGCUGACACUGCAAAGCGUGGCAUACAUGGAAUGUUCCCCCUCCAUUUGGCAGCUUUAAGUGGUUUUUCAGAUUGCUGCAGGAAACUUCUUUCUUCUGGAUUUGACAUAGAUACCCCAGAUGAUUUUGGCAGGACCUGUCUACAUGCAGCUGCAGCUGGAGGGAAUUUGGAGUGCCUAAACCUUCUGCUGAAUACUGGUGCAGACUUCAACAAAAAGGACAAAUUUGGGAGAUCUCCACUUCACUAUGCUGCUGCCAACUGCAAUUACCAGUGCCUGUUUGCUCUUGUGGGAUCAGGAGCAAGUGUGAAUGACCUUGAUGAAAGAGGAUGCACACCCCUGCACUAUGCAGCUACAUCAGACACAGAUGGCAAGUGCCUGGAAUACUUAUUAAGAAAUGAUGCAAAUCCAGGGAUCCGUGACAAGCAAGGAUACAAUGCAGUUCAUUAUUCAGCUGCUUAUGGUCACCGUCUAUGUCUUCAGCUGAUUGCAAGCGAAACUCCUUUAGAUGUUUUAAUGGAAACCUCGGGGACAGACAUGCUGAGUGAUUCAGACAAUAGAGCGACAAUAAGCCCUUUACAUUUGGCUGCCUAUCAUGGUCACCACCAAGCACUGGAAGUGUUGGUACAGUCUUUGUUAGAUCUUGAUGUGAGAAACAGUAGUGGAAGAACACCCUUAGAUCUUGCAGCCUUUAAGGGCCAUGUUGAAUGUGUGGAUGUACUCAUUAAUCAGGGAGCCUCCAUUUUAGUAAAAGAUUACGUUUUGAAGAGAACACCUAUACAUGCAGCAGCAACAAAUGGUCAUUCAGAGUGCUUACGGCUACUAAUAGGAAAUGCAGAACCACAGAAUGCAGUCGACAUUCAAGAUGGAAAUGGACAGACUCCUCUGAUGCUGUCUGUUCUCAACGGGCACACGGACUGUGUUUACUCACUGCUGAACAAAGGAGCAAAUGUAGAUGCCAAAGAUAAAUGGGGAAGGACAGCAUUGCAUAGAGGGGCAGUUACAGGCCAUGAAGAAUGUGUAGAUGCAUUACUUCAACAUGGUGCUAAGUGCUUAUUUCGAGAUAGCAGGGGCCGGACACCUAUACACUUAUCAGCUGCCUGUGGACACAUUGGUGUUCUUGGAGCCCUUUUGCAGUCAGCAGCAUCUGUGGAUGCAAAUCCAGCCAUAGCAGACAAUCAUGGAUAUACAGCACUUCAUUGGGCUUGCUACAAUGGUCAUGAGACAUGUGUAGAACUCCUUUUAGAACAGGAAGUUUUCCAGAAAAUGGAGGGAAAUGCUUUCAGUCCUUUGCAUUGUGCCGUGAUAAAUGACAACGAAGGUGCUGCUGAAAUGUUAAUCGAUACAUUAGGUGCCAGCAUCGUGAGCGCCACAGAUUCAAAAGGAAGAACCCCUCUCCAUGCGGCCGCCUUCACAGACCACGUAGAGUGUUUACAGCUGCUGCUCAGCCAUAAUGCUCAAGUCAAUUCUGUGGACUCUUCUGGGAAAACACCUCUCAUGAUGGCCGCAGAAAAUGGACAGACAAAUACAGUUGAGAUGCUGGUUAGCAGUGCUAGUGCAGAUCUGACUUUACAAGAUAACAGUAAAAACACCGCCCUCCAUUUGGCUUGCAGCAAGGGUCAUGAAACUAGUGCCUUGUUAAUACUGGAAAAGAUAACAGAUAGAAACCUCAUCAAUGCAACCAAUGCAGCCUUGCAAACACCUCUGCAUGUUGCUGCCCGAAAUGGGCUAACGAUGGUGGUUCAGGAACUUUUGGGGAAAGGAGCAAGUGUGCUUGCAGUAGAUGAAAAUGCUGACCAUAUCAACUCCAUGCAGAUGAGAGGAGCCUGGUUUUCAUCAUAUUCCAGCUAUAAAACACUCCUGAGAUGCUCUUCUCCCCCAAUCCCACUCAUCCAAGGGAUCAUGGCCUAUCUAAUGGGUCGCUCUGACUGCAAUACAAUAGGCUAUACCCCAGCUUUGGCCUGUGCUCCCAAUAAGGAUGUGGCUGAUUGCCUGGCUCUCAUUUUGGCCACCAUGAUGCCUGUCUCAUCAAGUAGCCCUUUAUCAUCCCUGACAUUCAAUGCCAUUAACCGUUAUACCAACACCUCAAAAACAGUCAGCUUUGAAGCCUUGCCCAUCAUGAGGAAUGAACCUAGCUCCUAUUGCAGUUUCAACAACAUUGGCGGGGAACAGGAGUACUUAUACACCGAUGUGGACGAGCUCAAUGACUCUGAUUCCGAGACCUACUAAGAGGCUGAGCCAGAGGUCUAAGUGAGGAGUUCUGACGCUAAUGCUUCAGAUUGUGCUUUUUCAGGAAAAAGGCACUUUCUUAUUCACGUACAAAUUCAACCUAAAAGGAGAGAUCACAGAGUGAGCAAGUAUGAGAAAUGUGAUACAUUAGGAAGAAGAGUUUCAAAGGCAAGUUUUGCAAAAGGAACUUCUAGAAUCUUGAAAUAGACUUGACCAGAGAAAAACACUUUGAUGUCAAGUUACUUUGUGGAGUUGUUUAAUUUGGUUUUGCAGUGCCAGGAAUAAUUUGGGACACUGUGCACCCUAAUCUGCUUACACAAGCAACACUAUUCUAAAAGAAGAGAUAAGGACACUAGAUUAAAAAUUUACCAAUAAAACUACAACUAAAUUUAAGGGCAAUAAAAGUUUGGUAUAGUAGGCAUUAUGUGCACAGCAAAUUGCCAAAGGACCAAGUAACUUAAAAGUUUUUUAAUAGAAUGCCGUUUUGUGGAAACUGGAAUAGGUGAAAUGAGACAUUAUCUAAACCAAACUUUAAUAUUUCUGAAAAUGAAGCUGAGAUUUGGUUUUAAACAUUGAUUUUUUUUUUUAAGAAAACAUCUGAAAGCCUUCGAAUACUGUAUUAAACCAUGAGAGAAAGCAGAUGUAUUUUUACAUUUUUUCUUUUACAUAAAAAUUUAAAAAUUCCAACUUUUAUAAUAUUAGAAUUAAAAACCAGCUGACUGAGUGCAGUCAGGGUGAAAAUACUGGUGAUGUUGACAUGAGAUAGAUUGGAGUCUGGGCUGUUGUUGCCCACUUUUGAAUGGUUUAGGUUUAAAAUUGAACUAUUUUUGUUUCAAAAUGUAAAGAAUUUCUUAGAAGAAGAAAAUUUCGUGAAAUCAAAAAAGUAGAUUAUUUUCACCCUAUUGCAGCUAUAUGGUCCUGGGAAAUGGAGUUUUCAACCUCACUACUUUGGAUGGUACAGCUUUGUCUCUUAUGUUACUUUUGUGCCUCCACAAUGGAUUGGGGGAUUUUUGUUUUCACUGUUUGGUGAAUAAUCAAAAGAAAAUCCCUUGUUAUUGAUACGUUAACAUCAUCGGGUCUCUUGGAAGGCAUUUCUGUAUUGGGUCCUAUUCAGAUUUAAACAUGCUACUACUUGGGGAAGGAAGCAGUUGCCUGCCGAAAUGGAAGACUGCCUUUCAAAUAACAGAAAGGCUGAUGUUUAGGUUUUUAAAUAACCAUUUAUAUGGUUCUGCUUUUACUGUAACUGUCACUUUCCCAGUAAGAAUGAUUUCACGUAUGUAGGGGGUGUUACAGAUCUGGGUGAAGUUCCAUAAAUUUUCACAGAAUGAUACCCAAUUUCAUUUUAUCCUUUUUGUAUUGUGCAACUGGAAACUUUAUGACAUUGUAAAUUAUCAGCUGGUUUUUCUGAAUAUAAAGUGUGAAAACACAGAACAGUAUUUUGAUCUAUUUGAUAAUUUUGUGGGGUUUUUGAAGAAUUAAUGAGCAUGUACAUAGAAAUAGUGACUGCUUGAAUACUGUAUUUACUUGCACUCUUUCAGUACAUCAAGAUACCUGUAUAUUUUAGAGUAUAAUAAAACACAGAUGUGAGUUGUAUUUAAUGAAUAAUGUAUUUGUAUCUGUGCAUAUUACCUAAAAAUCUAUAAAGUUUCUAGGGCAUUGACUACUAGAUUUUAAGCAUUUUUUUUCUAAAAUAUUUACAGAAAUUAUAAAUGUAAUCCUCCAUCUUUUCUUUAUAAUAUAAAGAAGUCAUAAUGGACCCUUCCUAAUUGUUAGUGGUAGGAAGGUGAAUAUGCAUUUUAAAGACAGUGGACUACAUUUUCUAUUGUACCUUUUGAAAAAAAUGAAAAAAAACUCAAGAGGAUUCUAAAAGUAUACAUAUGUGUGCUUUCUCUUUCCUUUUAGGAAUUCUCUUCUGAAUUCCCUGAGGGAAUUUUCUAGAAUCUCAGAAUUGAAAGAGACCUGAGGUUCAUCCAGUCUAACCUCUUAACAAAAUGCAGGAGUCCCUUCUACAAGGGUGAUCUUUCCACCUUGAACACUUCCAGUGACUCUACCUCACCAAGCAGUCCAUUCAGUUGUUGAGCAGCUCUAACUGUUAGAAAGGUCUUCCUUAGAUGGAGUUGAAGCCUCCCUCCCGGUAACUUCUGUCCUUGUGCCCGGGUCUGUCCUCCAAGAGAACGCUGAGAACGUUGGAAGGAUGAAUCUUACGCCCUCUGCCAUGUCUUCUCUUUUACAGGCUGUUUGACUUACCUGCUGAAGUGAUUUCCAGAAGGACUCAUUAAACACAGUUAGAUUUACCCAUCUAAUGAAAUCCAAGGUGUAGCUAUAAAGUAACAAGCUGUUUUUAAUUUCUCCUCACACACACCAAAACUUAGAUCUUGCAUCACUUUAUGUAAAUGAUGCCACUGCUGAAAUUGUUUGUGAGGUGGUUAUUUCAAUUGCUUGCCCACUAGGAAAUCUGUUUCCUUGCUUUGUGAUCGCAUUUUGUGAUAGUCUGUCCCCAGCUGAUCAGCCAUUUCUUUGGUCUGAACCUAAUGAGGGGAAAUCCCAAGCUACUGGUCCAAAUAGGAUUUGAGCAGCACUAGUAUGGUUGGAGUACAUACAUGGACAGCUUCAGUAAAUGAACACAGGGCCACAGUAAGUUCCUUUACAGUUACACCUUGUAUGUUAAAAGCAUUCAGGCCCUGCUCUGAAGUGGUUUUUAUCCUCAUACAGAAUAGAAGAGCCUGUUUGCUUUUUUAACUUCUGCAUGGAAGAUGACAUCUGAAAUAUCUGAUGUGUAUUAUAGUAAAACCAGCUUCUGCUCUAGAACUACUUUGGGGGAAAUGGUGGUAAUAGCAAAUGACUUCCUUUAACAAGACACUCAUCUCAAACAGUGCCAUUUAGUUCAGGAGAUCUCUAAGUGUAGCUGUCAAUUUGGGGUUUAAUUUGGCUUAUAUUGGACCUUUUAAAUGAAAUAAAGUUUUUUAAUGCAAUAAA